GACAACGGUAAUUUAGAAACUGAACCUUGUGAAAGUAUCUUUUACAAAUCAACCAUAUGAGGACGAUGGUGAAGUUCACGUUAUUUUGUUUCACAUUCACUUGCCUAUGUCUAAGUGUAGUUCUUUCUGAAUCUACACCAGCAAAACCCUGUGAUCCUAAAGUGAUACAAUGCAUUAAAGAUAUCAAUGGUGGAAAUUACCCUGUUAAAGCAUGGAGUGGUCUACAAAUUCUGUUUAACCAUUUUUAUGAAAUCCGCUGGUACUCUGGGUACAAAGUUGACAAAUUUGAUUGUAUCUCAACUUCAUUCGGCCUCUUUGGGAACAAAGACACAUAUACCAACCAAUGCAAAAAGGUGGACGAAGUUAUUUUUAAAACCGAAUUAAAUUCUACAACAAAGGAGUUUUUGAUCAAGGAUUACAAAGGAGUAAACAUGAAUGCUUACGCAAUUUACUUCAAGAAAUAUUGUCUUGCGCUCUACGUGUGUAGCGCUAACGGAGUCCUCGGCCCCCACGUGACCAUCUACUGUCCCAAGGCCAAGCGGGACGAACCAGAGGUCCUGAAGGAAAUUGAGGAAGCCAAGACUGCUUUGACCAAAUGUAACAUCAACGAUGGUGUCGCUACCUGCCAGAAGAAAUGUCCUUGAAGCGUCCUUGAAAUGCCCUUGACGAAUUUUGAGAUCAAAACCUGAAAAAGCAUUGUAUUAAAAAUAAUCUAUAUAUUUAA